AUAAUUGGUAAACGAGGUGAUCAAAUCAAACGGAUUCGAGAAGAAUCUGGUGCAAAAAUCAAUAUAUCAGAUGGUUCAUGUCCAGAACGUAUAGUGACUAUUACUGGAAGUUUAGCGACAAUAAAUAAAGCAUUUGCUAUGAUCUCCAAUAAAUUUGAAGAGAAGGAUCCUCAUUUGUACGAACAGAACCCAAAAGCUUGCUCUGUAACCAAUGUAUACUAUGUGUGGAGGAGUUCUUUCUUUAUCUCUCAAAUGCUGUAUCCCUUCGUCUCUCGUGCGAGUUCUCGAAUUUCGUCUUCUCGAAGCAAAGCUCGGAUCGAAUGUCGCCGCUCGCUCAGCUCAAGUAACCUGCGCGCACAGCUUUUUCGCUUUUUCCUAGAUUUUCUCUUUCGCUGUGCAAAGCACCCACGAAGAGUUCCUGAGUAGAA